CCUCCACUCUCCCACUCCACACUCCACUGUGUCCAAAGCGUCAUGGCAUCGCCGGUCGUCCUCCCCUUCAACUGCCAGACCCGCCUCCCCAAGUUCGCCAUCCCGAGACGCUACGACCUGACCCUUAAGCCCGACCUCGCCGCCUGCGUCUUCUCCGGUGCCGUCGACGUCCACCUCGACGUCGUCGAGGCCACCCCGUGCCUCGUCCUCAACGCCCUCGACCUCGAAAUCGACUCCGGUUUCGUCUCUUUCCGGACCGCCGAUCCUCACCCUAGGGAGCUACGGCCCAAGGAGGUCGUCCUCGAGGAGGAGGAUGAGAUUCUGGUGCUCAUCUUCGAUGAGAACCUCCCUCUUGGGAGGGGAGUUCUUGGAAUUAGGUUCUCCGGCGUUCUCAAUGACCACAUGAGGGGCUUCUAUCGAAGCACGUUUGUAGUUGAUGGGAUAAAGAGGAACAUGGCGGUAACUCAGUUCGAGGCAGUUGAUGCUAGAAGAUGCUUUCCAUGCUGGGAUGAACCUGCUCUCAAGGCUUCAUUCCAAAUUACACUGGAAGUUCCCUGUGAUUUGAUGGCACUAUCUAACAUGCCAGUUGCUAAAGAAAUUGUUGAUGGUCGGUUGAAGACUGUUUGUUUUGAGGGGUCACCAACCAUGUCGACAUAUUUAGUGGCUGUUGUUGUUGGCUUAUUUGAUUACAUUGAAGAUACAACACCGGAUGGGAUUAAAGUUCGUGUAUACUGUUCGAUUGGCAAAAGUGAUCGAGGAAAGUUUGGUCUGUAUGUUGCACUAAAGUCACUGGAACUAUUUAAAACAUAUUUUUCGGUGCCGUAUGCUCUUCCUAAAUUGGAUUUGGUUGUGAUCCCUGACUUUUCUGGUGGAGCAAUGGAGAACUAUGGAUUAAUCACUUUCCGUGAUACAGCUUUGUUAUAUGAUGAGCAUCACUCUGCAGCUGCAAACAAACAAUGGAUUACAACUGUUGUAGCACAUGAGGUAGCACAUCAGUGGUUUGGAAAUCUGGUUACAAUGGAGUGGUGGACCCAUUUAUGGCUUAAUGAGGGCUUUGCAACCUGGGUGAGCUAUCUAGCUACUGAUGCACUAUUCCCCGAAUGGAAAAUAUGGACUCAGUUUCUGGAGCAAACUGCUGGAGGUCUAAAGUCGGAUGCUUUCAGAGAAUCGCACCCUAUUGAGAAAUCCUUAGCCUCCUGCAUAAGAAGAUAUGCUUGUCAAAAUGCAAAGACAGAGGAUCUGUGGGAUGCUCUUUCAGAAGAGUCUGGUGUGCCAGUGAAAGCAAUGAUGGAAACUUGGACAAAGCAAAAAGGAUAUCCAGUUGUUUAUGUAAAAUCCAGUGAUUGCAUGCUAGAAUUUGAGCAGUCACAAUUCAUUUCUGGUGGUUCUCCUGGAGAUACACGAUGGAUCGUUCCAGUAACAUUAUGUAUUGGUUCAUAUGAUACUGGAAAAAGUUUCCUCUUGGAAUCUAGAGUGCAAAAAUUGGACAUAUCUGAGUUUCUCUGCCAGUUGGAUGGAAGGGGGCGUAUUCCAAAGAUCUCUGAUGAAGCAUGCAACUAUGAACACUUCUGGGUCAAAGUAAAUGUUGAGCAAACGGGAUUUUACAGGGUGAAAUAUGAUGAUGUUCUUGCUACUAAACUCCAGGCAGCAAUCAAGGCUAACAGCUUGUCCACAACAGAGAUAUGGUCUCUCCCAGUUCUUUUAAAACCUGUUUUAAUGAGCUUUAUGAAGAACAGGUCUCCUACAGUUCUUUUAAAACCUGUUUUUACAGAAAACCAGCUUUUAUGGUUAUCUGUUUUAGGAAAUUUCACAGACAAUCAAACAGCCUAUAAGAUGCCUAAUGCAUGCCAUUAUCUUGUUACAGAUAAUCCUAAGAAUCUCGAAGUUAUCAGCUUAUGCUGUGCCGAAGUUAUCAACUUAUGUUGUGCCGAAGUUAUCUCGAAGUCAUCAGAAAAUCUAAAACAAUACUUCAUCAGUCUACUUCAGCUGUCUGCUGAGAAAUUGGGGUGGGAUCAUUGUUCUGGAGAGAAUCACCUGAGUAUGUUGAUGCGUGGUGAGGUCUGGACUGCCGGGUUGGGUAUAUUAGGUCAUGAGAUGACAUGCAUGGAAGCAUCUAGGCAUUUUAAUAUCUUCUUAGAAGAUAAAACUACCACACUUCUUCCUCCCGAUAUAAGAAAGGCAACAUAUACCGCAGUAAUGCAACGUGUCAGAACAACAAAUAGGUAUGUUUUUGAGUCCCUUAUAAAACUUUACAGGGAGACCGAUAUAGGACAGGUGAAGGCGCAAUUGUUAAGUGCAAUGGCAUCUUGUCCAGAUCCUAAUAUUGUUCUUGAAACGCUGAAUUUUCUUCUGUCCUCUGAGGUUCGUGAUCAAGAUGUAAUCUAUGCACUCGCUGGAAUAAGUUCUGAGGGCAGUGAAACAGCAUGGAGUUGGCUGAAAGCGAACUGGGAGCAUAUAUCAGACAGAUGGGGACGUCACAUUCUACUAACUCAUUUCAUCCGUGACAUUUUUUCUCAGUUCUUUUCUGAUGAGAAAGCUGAUGAAAUUAAAGAAUUUUUCCUAAGCCACACGGAGCCUUCGAUUGCUAGGACUGUGAAGCAGAGCAUCGAACAUGUUCGAAUCAACGCAAAGUGGCGAUCGUAUAUAGAAAGUGAGCAAAACCUUGAAGAAUUAAUUAUGAAAUUAGCUCAAAAGACCGGUGGUACGAGUGAAUGAACCAUGUAUGGCUAAGCCUUGUGAACGUUCACGUAUUGUGUGCUCCGAAGCAUGUAAAGGGUGACUCGUUUUUCCUGUUUAAUGCUGCCAUAUCAUGUCCAGAGCUAUGGGCACGUGUGACAGAAGCCAGACAUUGAUAUCUGUACGGGAAGUUGUGUUAUUAUUGUUAGGUCCAUUAUGUUAAAAUGAAGAAAUUAAUUAGAAGAGAUGUACGUCAUCAUUGCA